AUGAGUUCCAUAUUUUUGAAUACUAGUCCUGUGACAACUAGCAAACAGAACUCUUUGCGUUCCAUGGCUUUACGUUCGCUUAAUCCUCGGUUAAUACCCCACUUUGAAGCCUUACCUCGUACAACGCAUCAAUAUGGGUUUAAAAACAUAGUGACGCCGAAAGUCUGUCAAGAGGUGAUUGAUAGACUCCAACUCAGGCAAAAGUAUCCAAACUCUAAAGGAAAUCUCGACAUAGUAGACGUUUUUGCAGGCUAUGGCUUAUUCUCGACAAUGGUUAAUUAUGAGCUCAAACCUAAGAACCACUUAAUCAUCGAUGGAACGAAAGAUAAUGAAAAGAUUUGGAAAAACAGGCUCAGUUUUCUUGAGAAGACUACCGGGAACGCAGAGAAUUUCCGCUAUUUCAACAACGACGGGCACUCAUGGGAAACAUACGAUCAUCUAUUUAAAGAAUUAAAGGUGAUUCAACCAUCUGUGCAACCGAGAAGUAAGAUCCACGAUGAGCUACUAAUAUUAGCCAAUAUAUCAUCAAACAAGUUUGGCGAGUCUCUUUUUGCCCAGUGGAUUAUGUGCUGUGCAUAUCAGAAUUGGCUUCAAAAAUAUGGAAGAGUCAGAAUGGUUCUUCUUGUGCGGGAGGCAACUGCACUGAAAUUCCUUUCAGGGCCUAACUUUUCGAAGAGGAAUAGGGCUUCAUUGAAAAGAGACAUGUUUACGGAUAUGCAACUCGUUGCUGUUUCAGACAUUCUGGUUGACAGUAAGGGUAUAGCAGGAGACAGCUAUGAUCCAAACUUACUCAUUAAAGACCAGCCGUUAGUUUUGCCUAACUCGUCCGUGCUUCCAGUUGGUGGUGAUUUGGCAGUGGUUGAAGUCGUACCCAAAGAGCUUCCAGAUAUUGAUGUAAAUGCCGUGGAAUACCUAACGCAAGUAUUCAUGUAUAAGUCUAGCAAUACGGUCAAGGAAUCGCUUAAUAUUUUGGCUCCAGGAGCAGACAGCGAUUUGGGAUCUAAGAUCCCCUCGGAAAUCUUGGAAAAGAGCGCCAAGCAGCUUUCGAAAGAGGAUAUGGACUAUAUCUACAAUGUUUACAACAACUGGGCUUUUAAGCCCUCUUAUGAAGACACCCUUAAUUUCUUCAGCGAAGAGACAAGAAAUUUCUAG